GGGGUAACCGAAACCCCGCCUUAAGGGACCUUUGCAAGACCUUAGAACCAGAAGUCGUCAGGGUAACCAAGGCCCUGCUUCGAGGGACAGACCAAGUGCCUGAGAGGGGACAGAAGAAAGAGGAGCAAUCAGGAUACUGUGAAAUCAGGUCCAAGAAUCAGCUGCCUCCUUCCUACCCCCACCCCCUCCUCAGGUCCUCAUUGGCUGCUGCCGUUCUGCAGAAGCACUGCAUCUUAGUCGAUGGACUUCUCCACUCCCCCACAGAUGAAAUAAGAAGCGUCCCCCUUGCUGUCUUAGAAUACAUUGCUCUGAUUCCAGCAAAACGUGGGCACAAAAGGAAGCUGAGUGCCACUGUAACAAUGUCUGCUCUGGAGACGGCCAUGAUUGCCAUCAUUGAUGCUUUCCACCAGUACUCGGGAAAGGAGGGAGACAAACACAAGCUGAAGAAAUCUGAAUUAAAGGAGCUCAUUAACAAUGAACUCCCCCAUUUUUUAGGCGAAAUUAAAGAUCAGGAGACAGUGGAUAAGGUGAUGGAGACACUGGAUGCCGAUGGUGACGCUGAAUGCGACUUCCAGGAAUUUGUAGCCUUCAUUGCCAUGGUCACUUCUGCUUGUCACGAGUUCUUUGAACAUGAGUGAAACAUCAGAGAAGCAACCGAGAACCUGCUGUGUGUGAUUUUUAAAGAUAGAAUAUGAAUUCUAAUGUAGAGAGACCAAGCCGGUUUAGGGGCUCCUAGGAGUGAGUCUGCUAAUCCUAAGUAGUUUUAGUAAGAUCAGUGUGCUUUGUGAAUGGAAACAUACAAAUGUCUUUUAAAGGGCUGUUUGCCAAUGCCUGCCUAGCUCUUAAGCAGCACGUGUAUUAUAUCUUACCUAUAAUUAGAGUGCACAGCCUCCUCCUGCUACAUGACUAGAUAUAUACACAGAUUCAGAUGCAAGUAGUUAGACCUUCCAAAGGUGUCCAAGUUUUAUUGUAAAGAUUUGUUUUGUUUUUUAAAAGGGGAGGGAGGGUAAUCAGUUAGUAAGUAAUAAAGGGACUGGAGAACAGAGGCCUAAUCGAAAGCCCAUUGAAUUAAAUAGCAGGACUUCUGACUUCAAUGAGCUUUGAAUCAGACCCAGUGGGCAAAGCUAACGAUAAAAGAACAAUAGAUAGGAUACUCACUAAUUACUCAGUGGCCACACGACACUUCCAUGAGCAUUUUUAUUUCGCAACAGCUUAUUUAUCUUCAACAAUAUUGUUUUUGAAAGGCAUACUAGGUAACAUUCUAAGCCUUUUCUUUCAUUUUUAAGUCUUCCUACUUUUUAACUACUAGCAGAAAUAGGUGCUGAGGCAAUUCGGGCACAUAAGCCUACUGUGAUAAUGAGAGAGCUGAAAGAGGCUAGAGACAGCGGUACAUUUAGACAGGGUUCCCGGUAUAAAGUUACAAUGAGUGAUCACUGGGAAGGAAGAGAUGAAGGAGAAAAAUUCUAUCACAUUAUUGUUUUGUGCUAGCACUAUAGCUACUGUAUUGGGUUUUGUGUUGGUGAUGUUGUAUCCUUUUCAGAGAUCCAGGAAUCUAAUAUCCUUCGCCCAUUUUAAGCAUGUUUAUAAAAAUCCUGUUCCACUGAUCCUGACUGGUCAGAACAAGAUGUGAAUCUCCAGGGAUCAUUCAGAAUACUGAAUCUCUAGACUAAGGCUUGGUCUACACUAGGAAGUUAUAUUGGCAUAGCUACCUCAGUCAGGGGUGUGAAAACUGACAUAACCCCCCAGUGUAGAUACAGCUGUGUUGACAGAAGAGUGCUUCUUCCAUUGAUGCAGCUCAUGUUCGGGGAGGAGGUAUUCCUACACUUACAGGAACCCGCCUGUGUCUCCAUUACGGGGCUAUGCUGCAUAGUUUAUGCGGAUAUAGUCUCCAUAGUGUAGACAUACCCUAACUUUCAAAAUGUGCUACUGAAUUCGUGUUGUGAGCAAGCAACUCAGCUCAGAAGAGUUGGCUACAAUUUAAAUUUCCCCAUAGCUCAGCAAUGGGUCAAUGUUAAACUUUAAUUCUGGACUAAUGAAUAUCGAACAGUAAAAAAUUAAAUUAGGGAGUCAUUUUAAGUUUGCCAGUACGCUAUUAUCUGGAUGGCCUUGAUUUCCAUACUAAAUAUGUAUAUAUAAUUUCUGGGAUGUUUAGAAAUAGUGUUUCAAAUUCUAAAUUUUGUAUUUGGAUAUAACCUCAAUCUGCAUUCUUUUUCACUUUAUACAUUUUAAAUGUUCCAUAAUUUGAUUUUACAAAAUGCCCUAUGUUUUAUGGAAAUGAAGAUCUCUCUUUCUAUAGUUCCUUGCAACUGUGGAAGGAGACCUUGCUAGGGACAUGCAUGUAGGAAAGGUACUGCCCUGCAUUCAGAUUCAAAUUAAACCAGCAGCUUUAACCAA